AUGAAGACGAAUCCCAUGCACCUCAUCGCCACGGCGGCCACCACGGUGGUGUUGGCUACUGCUUCGCCUAUCGCCAAGAGAGCUUCGGACACCACCACUGUCCAUCUCAACCAAUGCUCGGGGUCGCCUGCGCACUUCGCCCAGGGCGUACUGUACGGUGUCAAUGGCACCAGUCCUCCGCAGUCGUACAUCACCGACCUUGGCAUCAACUACCUCUCGGAAGGUGGGGCGCAGAUUGACUCUCAGCCCUCUGGAUACGCUGCAAGCAUGGCCUCCUACCAACGUCGCUUCAACCAGCUCCUCGGUGCUUACCAGCGUAUGCGCGCGGUCGGCGGUGUCACCAUUGCCAAGAUGGCUGACCUUUACGGCGCAGAUGAAACCACCAACAAUUCGUUCGUGUGGCCAGGCGACAAUGGCGACUGGACAAAGUGGGAUGCAUUCGUCCAGCAAUUGAUCUCUGAUAUCCGCGCAAACGGCAUGACCGCCGCCUACGUCUUGCAAUUGGAGCCUUGGAACGAGCCGGAUAUCAACUUUGGUGGCAGAGAUCAGUCUCAGUUCAACGAGCUGUGGCGCAGGACUACUGUCGCGCUCCGCAACGCUUUCGGACCCAAUAGCGGCAACUAUCUGCCCAUCGUCGGUCCGAGUACAGCCGGCAAUCCAGGUUACAACAACGGCUGGUGGAACAGCUGGCUCUCGUCGAUCCAGUCCAACGGUGGUACUGCCAUUCAGCCGGACGUGUACAACUGGCACAUGGAAGGUGGACUUCCCAACGACCCUAUCCCUCCUGCUCAGGCACUACCUGCGUACGUCAAGAAUUAUGGUCUCACUACCGGCAUCGGAGUGCAGAACAACGAAUUCGGUGUGCCUGCUCAGCAGAACCCAGGUUGGGGUGCAUGGUUCCAUGCACGUUAUGAACGUCUCAAGUUCAACGCACUGCGAGGCAACUGGGCUAGCGGAGCAGCUUUGCUCGACUGUCUUGCCGGGUUGCUCAUCAAGAACUCGGACGGCUCGUACUCGACGACUGGCGAAUACCAGAUGUACAAGUACUACAAGAACAUGAACGGUGCGCCCUGCAGCACCGACUCGGGCUCCAGCAUCGAUUCGUACGCCGUCGGUUCAACCAACAAUGUAACCGCACUAGUUGGUAGUCAAGGCUACACCGGCACCUGGAACGUCAACUUCCAGAACAUCAAUUCGUACUUUGGAAGCGCCACGUCGGUCAAGGCUGAUCUCAUCUUCCUCCCGUACAACAGUGGCCACGCAGUCUCGGGUUGGCAGACCAACUACACCUCGCAAACGGUCCCGGUGAGCAACAAUGCGGCUACUGUCUCUUUCAAUGUCGGCAACGGCAACGAUGCCUACGCCAUCCGACUGCACACUUGA